CGCGCCCGGAGUGGAGCUUGGCGGCCGGGAGCCAGCGGGGAGCCCUGCGUUCCCGGACCAUGCAACCCUCGGGCACGCCCCUCCAGAAGCUGUGAUCCCAGACAAUCUUGUUUUCCUUCAUAAAUCCCUCAAGACACUUAUGAAGUUUCUUGUUCUGAAACCGUUGUACUGCAAUGAAGAAGAGGAGAAAGGUUACUUCACAUCUUGACGAGAAGAUCCAUCUAGGCUACCAUAAAGAUUCCCCGGAAGGAAAUGUUGUAGAGGAGUGUGACCAAGUAACCUACACUCAUUCCACAGAAAGACCAGCUCCUGAAGCCCUGCGCUGUUAUCAGGAACUUCCUCCCUCCCCGGAUCAGAGAAAACUUCUGAGUUCUUUGCAGUACAAUAAGAACUUGCUGAAGUAUUUGAAUGAUGACAGGCAGAAGCAACCGUCAUUCUGUGACUUACUUAUCAUAGUAGAAGGAAAAGAAUUUAGUGCCCAUAAAGUUGUCGUUGCUGUUGGCAGUAGUUAUUUCCAUGCAUGUUUGAGCAAAAAUCCGAGCACGGAUGUUGUCACCCUGGAUCACGUAACACACUCCGUUUUUCAGCAUUUGCUUGAAUUUCUUUACACAUCAGAAUUUUUUGUGUACAAAUAUGAAAUCCCUCUUGUUUUAGAGGCUGCAAAAUUUCUGGAUAUUAUAGAUGCAGUUAAGCUGCUAAAUAACGAAAAUGUUGCCACUUUUCAGUCUGAGCUAACUGAAAAGUCAUCACCAGAAGAAACACUAAAUGAAUUAACUGGAAGACUAUCAAGUAAUCAUCAGUGUAAAUUCUGUAGUAGACAUUUUUGUUAUAAGAAGUCUUUAGAGAAUCAUUUGUCGAAAACCCAUAGGUCUCUUUUAUUAGGGAAAAAACAUGGGUUAAAAAUGCUGGAGAGAAGUUUUUCCACAAGAAGAUCAAAACGGAAUCGAAAGUGCCCUGUUAAGUUUGACGACACCAGUGAUGAUGAGCAAGAGAGUGGUGAUGGGUCAGACAAUUUGAAUCAAGACAGUUUUGAUAAGGAAAAGUCGGAUAGAAAUGAUUCUGAGGAUCCCGGAAGUGAAUAUAAUGCUGAAGAAGAUGAGCUAGAGGAGGAAAUGUCAGAUGAAUAUUCUGACAUUGAAGAACAGAGUGAAAAAGAUCAGAAUGAUGCAGAAGAGGAGCCAGAGGCCGGUGAUUCUGUUGGAAGCAUUCAUGAGGGGUUAACCCCUGUAAUCAUUCAGAACAGUAACAAAAAAAUACUGCAGUGCCCCAAAUGUGAUAAGACAUUUGACCGCAUAGGGAAAUAUGAGAGCCACACACGUGUUCACACAGGUGAGAAGCCCUUUGAGUGUGAUAUUUGUCACCAGCGCUAUUCGACAAAGUCUAACCUAACUGUUCACAGAAAGAAGCACAGUAAUGAAACAGAAUUUCAUAAGAAGGAGCACAAGUGCCCUUAUUGUAAUAAACUUCAUGCAAGCAAGAAGACUUUAGCCAAGCAUGUUAAGAGAUUUCAUCCUGAAAAUGCACAGGAAUUUAUUUCCAUUAAGAAGACUAAGAGUGAAAGUUGGAAAUGUGAUAUUUGUAAGAAAUCUUUUACUCGAAGACCGCACUUGGAGGAACAUAUGAUUCUCCAUUCUCAAGACAAACCUUUUAAGUGCACAUAUUGUGAAGAACAUUUCAAAUCACGAUUUGCGCGGUUAAAACAUCAAGAAAAGUUCCAUCUGGGUCCUUUCCCAUGUGAUAUAUGUGGUCGCCAGUUUAAUGACACUGGAAAUUUGAAACGCCAUAUAGAGUGUACCCAUGGUGGGAAGAGAAAAUGGACUUGCUUUAUCUGUGGAAAAUCAGUACGAGAAAGAACUACUUUGAAAGAACAUUUAAGAAUCCAUAGUGGAGAAAAGCCUCAUCUCUGUAGUAUCUGUGGACAAAGUUUUCGUCAUGGAAGCUCAUACAGACUUCACUUACGAGUACAUCAUGAUGAUAAAAGAUACGAGUGUGAUGAAUGUGGGAAAACGUUCAUUCGUCAUGAUCACCUUACGAAGCACAAGAAGAUACAUUCAGGUGAGAAGGCUCAUCAGUGUGAAGAAUGUGGAAAAUGCUUUGGUCGUAGGGAUCAUCUCACUGUCCAUUAUAAAAGUGUACACCUUGGAGAGAAGGUGUGGCAAAAAAUGUAUUUUACAGUUAAUUUCAUUUGUGUUCAAACAGGUGAAAAACCAUACAAGUGUCAAAUUUGCAAUCAAUCUUUUAGAAUUAAGAAAACUUUAACAAAACACCUGGUCAUUCAUUCUGAUGCCCGGCCUUUCAAUUGUCAGCACUGUAAUGCAACAUUUAAACGGAAGGACAAGCUGAAAUACCACACUGACCACGUUCACGGCAUAAAGUCUCCCGAGGACCCUCUCAGUGCUUCCGAGGAAACACUUGUAUCCUUGCCGGUAGAGUACUCAUCUGAUGACAAAAUCUUUCAAACAGAAACAAAACAAUACAUGGACCAGCCCAAAGUCUACCAGUCGGAAGCCAAGACCAUGCUACAGAACGUGCCUGGCGAGGUGUGUGUCCCCGUGACGCUGGUCCCGGUGCAGAUGCCCGACACGCAGGGGGACCUGGUGCGCCACACCACCACCCUCCCGCCCCCCGCGCACGAGAUCUUGUCACCACAGCCGCCGGCCGCCGAUUACCCUCGAGCCGCCGACCUAGCUUUUCUGGAGAAAUACACGCUUACUCCUCAGCCUGCAAAUAUAGUUCACCCAGUCCGACCCGAACAGAUGCUGGAUCCUAGAGAACAGUCUUACCUCGGAACGUUACUGGGCCUUGAUAACUCCACUGCUGUCCAAAACAUGUCUAAUAGUGAGCACCAUUCAUGAGCGAAUCCAGACAUUCCACAGACUUCUUCAGCGGCUAUGCACAGUGGUGGCCUAGCGCUGACGGCUUUUAAAUUAGUGGGGCUGCUAUUUUUUCAUUUUCUCUAUAAUAGUUUCUCAAGUCCUCAGAAGCUUUUCCAAUCAAGAAAAAUAUGUAUCUCUGUUUACUGAACAUAUUUGAAUAUUUGGACCCAUUUUGAGGUAUAUAAUGUUUGAAAUGGACAUUUUGUGAUUUUUUUUAAAAAAAAUUAUUUAGUGCUAAUUUUUAACUUUUAACUCUUUAACUUUUCAAAACUAUCAGCUGUUGACAUUAUGGGGGUAUUUGUUUUUAAACAUCAGUGGAAGUUUUUAUUCUCCUUUAGUCUCAUUCCUCUUUUCUCCUUUCCUCAUCUUCCAAACAAAUGUUAAGGAACAUGCAGCCUUUAAGAAGGAAUGUAAGAGUGUACUGAUAAUUGCAACUGUUCCUUAUCCUGACUUAAGUUUCAUGAUUAUUCUUCCAGAUUUUUAAGAAAUGAAAUUAGGAAUUUGAAUUUAUAAGAAAGUCUUGGGACAGAUCUGUGUUGUUUUUUCAUCUGGCCAUAAUUUCACUUUAUCACUGUUCUUUAGUCUUUUGACAGACUCAAGACCAGAAAGCUUACUAAUGUAGGAUUAGCUUGUUAAAUGAAAUGUAGAACUGAAAUAAUUAAUCCAAAUGGUUGGUUUUUGCCUGUGCUUCAAUUAUUAUGAAUAAGAAAUGCAAAUACAGAUGUAGGCAUUAAAAUAUACAAGUUGAAAAUGUGUUAAAAGCAAAAUAUGGCAGUUUUAACUAGAUAUUUUUUAAAGUAAGUUUGUUUGUAUUUUGCCAUUUAUUUCAGAAACAUUAACAGUAUAUCAGCAUAUAUCAUCAUCUAACUAAUUAAAAUUCAGUUAACAAGCCACUUUUGGUCUCAUUUACCUUGACCAGCUGUAACUCUGGAAAAUAGAAUCUAGAGAUUUUUGUUUAAUGAUUAGAACCAGUGCCAACAAAUUACAAAAUUCUUGUCUAACUGAACUGAAUGUUCAUUUACUUUAAUUAGAGGGAACCACUCCUUGUGUACAAAUAUACAUGUAACCUAGAUCUUUAUUUUUGCUUUACAUAUAACCCUAAUGUCUGUGAUUAUCCUUAAUUUUUAUUUUUGUAUGAGACAAAAGUUGAGGACUUGGUAAAAGGAAAUAGCAGUUGGAGCAAAACCUCACUGAUUAAAAUUAAAUGAGGAAAAAAAAUCAGUCAAAAUUGUGAAAUACCUUAAAGAUGUGCACUUUCCAUACUCUGAAGUCAAUUUAAACUUAAACUAGGAUGUUUCCUAGUGGAGCUGCUCGAAGGAUUAGAGACUAGGCAGGGUUGAUUUAUUAUUAGCAUGUCAUUAUGUAAACUACUGGAAAAUAGCAAUUUUAAGAGUUUUCUAUUUCAGUUUUGUUUACACUCCUAAUUGCUUUAAGCACUUUUUUUGUGUGUAAACUGUAAAGUCUGGCCCAGCCCUUGUGAAAAAAAAAAAAUCACAAAUAAAAUAAUGAAGUUUAGCAAAAAAUUUUAACCACUUAAUAAUGUGGAAACUUGUUUGCUGAAGCACUUAAGAAAUAAAGGUACUUUGCAGGAAUAUUUACCAGACUAGAGGAAAUUUAAAAGAAAAAAAAAAAAAGUUGAGAGUUGGGGCAGUUAACCAAAGUAGCUCAUAUAACUAGUAAAGCCAACCUGAGUUUUGCCUCAUUUGUUGAAGUUUGGUUAUAAUUCUCCUAUGACUGAUAGAUACAAGCAAUGUAUCAAUAUUCUUUUUAAAGCAUUCUUACUUUUGUGUGGAAAUGUUGUGUCUAGGGUACUUAACAUGAUAGAACUUGACUAUAUGAGGUACUAUUAUUUUGUCUUUAAAACUGACUUUUAAAAACAUAUCUCUUUAUGAUUUUUAUCAUAAAGACUUACAAGAGUUUUAACUAAAAGACUUACUAUGAUGAAAAGAAAUCAUUUCUAAAAAUGUACCCUGCCUUUUAUAUUUAAAACAAUGUAGAAAAGUUUGGACUUACACAAAGGCAAAUAGUAUAUAUGUGUAUGUGUGUGGUAUAUUAUAUGUUCGGUAGCAGAAAAAGAGGGUGUUGGAUUUUCACAUUCAAAAGAAUACUUUGCUUUUUGAAGGUAUUGACUUUAGGGUUCUUUUAAUAAUAAUCUCCUAAUGCUUUAUAUAAUUUGAUUGUAGGAAUUGGUUUACAGUAUAGAACUUUUCUUGAAUACAUCUCUUAUAUAAGGUGAAACAUAAUUAUAUUUACUUAUUACUGUAGAUAACUUAAACUUGAAAAGUAGUUUACUGUUUUAUAAAAUGCUUUCACAGUUAUCUCAUUUAAACCUCAUAGCCAGCUCUGAAGUAGAAAGGGCAUGCUGUAUUCCCAUGUUAGAGAUGAAGAAUCUGAGGUUAAGCCUGCAUCGUUAAUAAGUGGCAGAGCUACUAACAGGCGAAGAAAUAGAGCAUUAAUGAAUGCUCUCCAGGUGCCAGGCACUGCAUUUUCUCAUGUAAUCUUAACGACAGUCUGGGAGGUAGGUGGUAUGAUUCUUAUGAAGAAAUAGUCUCAGCGGGCAAGCAAAUCUGCUGCCUCUAAUCUCCAAAUCAGAAUAUAAGAAGUCUUACAGUUGUGAAAACCUCAUGGAUUUGGGCAAACUGAAUGUAUAUAUGAGUUUUUGAAGUUGGCACAAAAAAUAUGAAAUGAGGCCUGCUCUUUUCAGUUAACUGUUUGUCACAUUUGAUUUGGAGUAUCUGGGACAAAUGCUCCAUUAACUCUAAAAUCCAUGAAUUCUGUAACUAUACUUAAAAUUUUGAAUCUUGCAACUAAGAUCAGCCUCAUUAAGAAUUUUUUAUUUUAUGAGCAUAAUUUAUUGUUUUAAAUUACUGUUGUAGCUGAUAGCAGUUAGCACUUAUGUAAAUUGAAUAAUUUAUCAAAUGUAGAAAUUUGUUAACCUAAUCCAUUUUUACUUAAACGCGCCAAAGAUUUUUAGUAGGUUUUAAAAUAGUUUAAAAGAAUUUAAAUUCUUUGUUGUUUGAAUAAAUAUUUGUCCAAAGAAGCACAGUUGAAGUCCUAGGAUUAUGGAUUUUCUAAAAAAAAUCAUUAGUUUGAAUACUAAGAUUAAGUGUUUGUGUUUAUAUGUAUUAGAAAUAAGAACAGAAGAAAAUACUCUGGGAAUAGUCAUACUGACAAACCAAUUACAAGUAAGAAUACUCUGGUUUCCUCAGUUUAAUUAAUUGAAUGUUAUCUUUUAAGUGGACACUAUUAAUUGCUAAAUAAUACUAAGCUUAUUUUUUACACUACACUAUUAAAAUAAUUUUGCCUUAGAAUUUUUUUUAGGACAAACUGAAGAUUUUUUUGUAACAAACCCCACCUAUUUUUUUGCAGCCUAAAAUACCAUUUAAGAUUAGGGUUUAUUCUUCAUGCCAGCAAGAUUUCACUAGCUAUGAAGGCAGUGAUCUUUGCAUACUUUUAAGUAACUUAGUCAUUUAUUGAAGAGGAGUAGCAAAAAUAGGGUUUUAAACUGGUGCUUUACUAAUUGACUUCCUUUAAAGUGAUGGUACAUCAUGAAGUAGGUACACUAAUAAUUUUCUGUCAACCUUAAAAUUGUCAAAACAUCUUUGCAGAGUGAGUGACUGUAAGCUAUUAGUUAAGGGCUAGUAGGUAUUUAAAUAUCAUUCAUUGCUUUCACUCUGUAAUUGACAAACGAAUUAAAGACACCAUUAACUGGUGUGUGUCCGUGUAAGUUUGCAUUCCCUUCUAGCAAAUCAUUCUGCUGUAUCAUUGGUGGAAAGUCAGAUGUGGAGCAUCAGCUCUGUGACAGUGUCCUUUUGUCCACGCCCAGUCAUCCCUAGAUUGGAUACUUCGUGCCUUUUCAGUUCGAGGUAGCAAUUUGUAGUAGCUUGGAGUUGACUCUGCUGGCUAGAUUGUGCUGGUUAAUAAAUGAUUGUGAUUGUUUUGUUAUUGUUAUGAGUCUUGUGUUUGUGUUGCCUGCUGGUCAGGCAACAGUAUUUUUUUUUUUUUUUUAGAUUGCUUUAUAAUUUUGUAGGGAAACUGGCAUCAAGUACUAGUAUGAAUUUUUUUUUUAAUCUUUACUAUUGUGGCCUUUCUAAGUUACUGCAAAGCCACUCCGGGGCCUGUCUCUAGAUGCUCACUAGAGGAAUCUGACAAGUAAAAUGAGCAGUGUGUCUGCCUCUCCAUCUCCUCCCAUCUCCCACCUUUUCUUCUGAAUAAUCCAUUACCAAACCACCCUGCUCUAAAAAGCAGCUUCUUUUCUCAGUUUGCCUAAAACUGAGCCAGAGGUGAUGGUUUGAGAUGAGUCUCUAAAAAGCAGCAACAUCCCAGCCAACUGACAACUUGAGUUGAUGAACUCAGGAAAAAUUAGGACUUUUGAAGUCAUACGUGGAUCAUUCUAAGAUCAGUGCCAAAUUUUAAAUGACGUAAAAUGUUUUUUUUAAUAAGCAGCAAGUCGCAUUUCUAAAACCUGUAAUAGUGUUAAUGGUAAAUGUCACUUACUAUUAGGCUGAAUAAUGGAUAAUGUGAGAAUAAUUUUCUAGUAAUUUCUAGGAACCACAGACAAUUGUUUUUCGGUCCUCCCCUUUCUUUUGCACAUUCCUCUCUGUAAAGUCUAUAGUGGAUUUUUGGGGAGGGGGGACCAUUCCCUGUUUUCCUCAAAAAUUAUUUCUACUUCAAGGUACUUUUAUUCUGGACUAGUAGCGCGGUUUCUGUGCUUCCUCUGGCAGUGGCCUUCAGAAGGCAGGAGUAACAACAGUAGGUCACGUGGAGGAUGAAGGGAAGGGCUGGUGGAAGGAGUAUCUGCCCUGUAUUUACUCUUCAUCUUUCAACUUGCUGUGCAGUGAUCUUCAGUCUUUGACUGUUGAAAAAUCCCCAAAUAGUUUGAAUUGAGCCUCUAUAGCCAUUCAUAUAAAGAGAAAAUAAGAAUUAUAUUCAGAGAAUAGAGGUUAUACAAAAUGGAUAUGUCUUUUUGUUCCACUUUUUUCCCCCUAACUUCUUAGGUAAAGAAGUAAUUUUGGUGCUCUUAUAACUGCUAGAGAUUCUAAAAUAUGUCUUGAAUGAAGAAUGUGCACACUUAUUGUUAUCUCACCCUGCUUGGUAUUCCUGCUUUAUGAUUACACAAUUUUUAUUCCUUGUAACAAUCGGACUGUUCUUAUCCCUGUGGAUAAAACUAUUACAGCUGAUGAGUGAGGCUGCCAAAAAUGAGCACAGAGGUGGGCACUUGGAUUAUGAGAUUUAUGAUGUACAUUAAAGUGGAAAUGCCUUUGAACCCUGUUUCCAGUCUCCAAUCUUAAAUUUUGUUUUUAAUCAUUAGAACUUUUAAAAGCAGUUACAAAGAAAAAUCUACAAUACCGAGACUCAUUACUUUGUCAACUGUGUGUAAAGUAUCUUGUGAGUUUUAUAGAUAUUUUGACUGUCUUGUGUUUCCUGAAUACCAAUGUCUUUAUAGAAAAAUUCAGUUCUCUGUGAAGACUAGGAAGUGUGUUGUAUGCUGAAUUAGUUCUUUGUGUUGUUUUGAUAUUUAAAUAAAGUUCUUUGGUCCUAAUAAA